AUGGACUCUCAGAACGGGAACGGGCCGGAUCCGCAGCGGGGGCUCGGGCUCGGGCUCAGGCCGCUGGCCCGCACGGCCCACGCGAUGCACGCCAAGCGGUGCCUCACCGUCGGCUUGCCCGCGUCCAAGGUCGAGAUCGACUCGUCGCGGCUGGUGCUGGGCUUUUACUGCCUGGGCACGCUGGACCUCGUCGAUGCGCUCGAGGGCGUGAAGGAAGCGGAUAGGGAGGGGUGGAGGGCGUGGCUUUGGGAGAUGCAGGCUCACGGACAGCACGGGACGGGGUUCAAGCCAAGCACCUACAUGACCCCUGCGGACAAGCCUGCAGGGGCGGAGUACGGCGAGUACGACGCGCCCCAUCUGAUCAUGACCUACGCCGCGCUGCUCUCGCUCGCCAUCCUUCGCGACGACUUUGCGAGGCUGGACCGCCCGGGGCUCGUCCGAUUCUUGGCUGCGUGCCAGCGCGAAGACGGCAGCUUUUCGUCGGUGCCUGGCGCGACCGACGCGGAUCUCCGGCUGGUCUACUGCGCCGUCGCCGUCGCGAGCAUGCUCGCCGACCUUGGCGGCAUCGACGUCCGUCGCGCGGUGGCUUACAUACGGCGUUGUCGGAGUUACGAAGGCGGGUACGGGCAAGAGCCGCGCGGCGAGGCGCUGGGCGGGACGACCUACUGCGCGCUCGCGGCGCUGGCCCUGCUCGAGCGGGAGGACGCGGGCGAGGCGGGCGCGGAGGACGCGCGGUUGACGGAGAGGGAGCGGCGGGCGACGGUGAGGUGGCUGGCGCGGUGCCAGGACGGCGAGACGGGCGGGUUCUGCGGGAGGACGGGCAAGGUCGCGGACGCGUGCUACUGCUUUUGGUGCGGCGCUUCGAUGGAGGUGCGCGCGCCCCGUUUUUUUUUUCUCGCUUUUUUCCUUCCCCCGGGGGGAAAGCUGACACGACCUUUUUUUUCCCGUGUUUUCUUCUUUGUGGGUGUGUGUGGUGGUGUCCAGAUUCUUGGGGCAGGGGCCUUCGUCGACGCGGACCGGAACGCGGCGUUCUUGGGCGAGUGUCAGUUCAAGUUUGGCGGGCUGGCGAAGGUCCCGGGCGAGCAUCCCGAUCCGUAUCACACGUACCUAUCCCUGGCGGUGAUCUCGCUGCUCCCGCCGCGCGCGCCGGCGAACGCGCAGGGCUGGGCGGGACUCCAACCGCUGGACGCCCUGCUGAACGCGAAGCGCGAUACGGCGGAAUGGGCGCGGAAGCACAUCCCUGCAAAGCCGUCGUUCGUGAUCUCGUGA